AUGAACAAAAUUAUAUUUGAAGAACUGACUUCAAACCCUAUUGAACAUAAUCUAGUAGAUCUUUUGUGGAAUACCAACACUCAGUUAUUUAGGACAUGCGACAAAUCAUCAUUGACAAUAACUUUGGAUGACUUACAACCUAGUUUAACUUACAUGUUGCCUGCGGAAACAUGUUAUGUUCUUGACGGUGGUACAGUAUUACACAAAUUGCCAUGGCCAAAAACUGGGAAAUUUUCAGAUGUGUUACAACUAUAUAGCAGUCAUAUUGCUAACCAAUAUAAAGUUUUGAUAGUUGUAUUUGAUGGCUAUACCACCUCCAGUACAAAGGAUGUUGAGCAUCAGAUACGCAAAAAACAAUCCUCGGUAACAGUGAAAUUUACCAAGAGUUAUCCACUUCUUAUCGGCAAAGCACCUUUUCUUUCUAAUAAUGAAAAUAAACAGUGCUUUAUUACCAUACUUGGGAAACACUUAGAAGCCAAUGGUCACACUGUGAUUCAGGCUACAGAUGAUACUGACACACUUAUUGUCAGAACAGCACUGACCUUGGCAGAAGAAAAACACGUAACAGUUGUUACUGACGACACCGAUAUUCUGUUUGAAAAACUAGUCGAAGAAGAAAAUAAGGAAAUAGAACAGAAAACGGAUAUAGAGAAUGUCAAGAUAUUGGAAGGAGACUUUGCACUAGUAGAAUUGAAAGGAAAAAAAUCUGUGCGUCAUUACAUUGUGGAAAUAAAGGAAAAAAUGGGAGAAGGAUGUUUGGAGGGGGUUUAUCUUAAAAAGAUAAUGAACAGGCGAAAACAAUUUGGAUACAGUGCAGCAUUAAAAAACCAAAAAGAUGAAGUUUUACUAGUAAAACCUAAUGAUGCCAAUCAAACUAGUGAAAAUACAAAAAGAAAUAUUACAGAAAAAAUAAAUCCGUGCAAUCUAGGAAUGGGCGUAUCUAAAAUGAAAUAUAUUCGAGAUGGGGGAGUUGCCAUUAAAUAUAAUAGGGGAGAAAAAGAAAAUGGACUAACAUCGCACAAAGUACAAUCAAAUUGGAUUAUAAAUCAGAAAAGACCAGAAAUUAUAUGUCUCUCAGAAACCCAUAUUACUAAAGACUAUACAAAAAACGUAAUCAACGUUGAAGGCAACAAUUCAAUUUGCAGUUAUUCGAAAAGUGCACACACUGGAGGACCAUUGAUAUAUGUAAGAAAAGGACUCAAAUAUGAGAUGAUAAAAAAUAUGGAUGACAAUAUGAACAUGUGGUUAACUGGAAUUGAAAUAAUGGUAGAAAAUGAAAAAUGCUUUAUAUAUAGUCUAUACCAUUCACCGAGUGCAAUUCAUGCAGAAUUUUUGGAUAAACUAGAUGAGUUAUUUGAAACAACACAGCUUGAUGGAAUUAUAGUUCUGGUUGGAGACUUUAACAUAGAUAUGGAUGGACAGUUCUAG